AUGUCACCAACAAAUCCACCUUCAAGUGGUAAUAAUCUAAAAAGUGUUCCGAAUGAUACCGCUGUAAAGGCUGAUAAGCCGCCAUUAGAUGUUCGUCAAGCUGUACUUGAUUAUAUCAAUCCUAAAACUACUCCUUCCGGUUUAGAUCUGUUGAAGAAUCGUCAUAAAGAAUACAAAUUAGCUGCUUUAAAAGCUCGUGAUGACGGAGAACUCGGUAAAGCAAAGGAAUUAUUGGAAGCGUCCAAGUGUAUUGGUGAAGCGAUUGUCAAUAUUGAAGCUGGUAAAGAAACAUUCGAUCCUGAAACCGACUUACCUCCACCACCAUCGGAAUACGAAUUUUCUGGUGAAGGUGAAGAGAAUUCAAGUGAAGCUGUCGUCGCACCGCCACCUCCACCGCCACCGACAGCAGCGAAACAAACAGUCCCAGAUAUUAUGAAGACGUCUAUUAUCUGCUCAGAAAAUAUUUUGGCACGUAUAGCCUAUUAUAAAGAAAAGAUGAAAGAAAUAGGCGAUGAUCCGUCACAAGAUUCAAAAAGACGUCGUUACAAUCGUAUUCUUAAUCGAUAUGAAGAAGGAUUACGCGCCUGUGAAAAUGGAUAUACUUCCUUUGAAUUUGAAGAACUAGUUCCUCCUCCAGGUUAUCCUCCGUUAAAUGAUCGUUCUAAAAUAUCUAAAGGUGGAAAAUCCACUAGUAGUAAUGAAUCUAAAGCAGCUUUAUCAAAGCCUAGUUGUGGACAAGUUUCAGGAAAAAGUAAAUCUGAGGCUGUUGUUACACUUUUAACCAAACGUCAGGAUGAAUUAAAAGAAGCUGCUAAACUUGCUAAACAAGCAGGUAAUAUUGAAUUGGCCAAAAAGUAUAUACGAUCAUUCCUGGGAAUGAAUCAAAUGAUACAAGCUGCUGAGGCUGGUUUUCCAGUUGAUUUAUCCCAGUUGCCACGACCGCCUACACUUAAUGAAUCUGCCGCAUAUAAGCCAAUUUUAAGCGGAUCAAACUGUGAUCCACCUGUGAAGUAUGCAGUCGCCCUCAAAACAUCUUCGGGCGAUCAUCUAGUUCAGGUGUAUUCGGAAAUUUUAUCAGAACAAGAAAAGUUGGUUAAUCAUCUGAUAACUGAACAUCGUCGUAAUGGCGAUCAGUCUAUCAUUUCAAAACUAUCUGAUCUAAUGAGUGUUAAUACAUGCAUAAAGAAAGUAUUAUCUAAGCAUAGUCAUCAAGUCGGUAUACUAACACCUUACUUUGAAUAUGCUAAUUUGCCAAAAUCAAAUAUUAAUGCUGAACUAGGUGAUGAUGUCCUGGAGGUAACUGUUCUCCGUGGCAUAGCAUAUCCACUUCCAUCGCAUUAUUCUCAUAUUGAUACAUAUGUUGAUGUGGAAUUAUGCAUCAGUACAUCUAGUCCAUCAAUGAAAUUAUCCACUAAUAUUGCUAAAUCUAGUUGUGAACCUGUUUAUAGUCAAUCGGUUAAAGAAUUCCGUGUAAAUACAAAAGGUCGGAUAUAUAAACGUUUUGUUCAAAGUAAUCGUUGUUUAAAAGCAACAGUCUACUAUAACCGUGGUAUAUUUCGGAGCUGGGGUGUUUUAGGUGUAACUGAAAUUCCAUUGACUGGACUUGUUCAAUCGGCUACGGUAACCCACAUUGGUGAUCUAAAAGAAGGUCGUAAAGUUGUAGGAGGUCGUCUAGAAGUACAAUUGCGACAACGUGAAUCACUGAGUGGGGAAGCUGUCAUCUAUGAAGAAAGACCUUGGCUUUUACUGUCUGUGCCAAAACAACAAAAUGAUUCACCGAAAACUAUGAAAGCUGUAAGUGAACAGCGUAAUUCUCCUGCAUCAUCGUCUUCCUCAGCAUCUCCGCGAACUAUUGUCAUAAAGAGAUCAAAUAAUUCCUAG